AAACGGCUCAGAUGCACAUACAUUGCACUUCUCGAUGUGACAGGUGCCAGUUUUGUGUCUUUGUAGACGAAUCAAAAGUAGACGUAGCAAUCUGACUACAAGCAGUGUAACUGCGGAUAGCCAUGAACUGGUGAACUGAACGAAGCCAUGAACUGGUGAACUGAACAAAGCCGUGAACUGAACGAAGCCAUGAACUGGUGAACUGAACGAAGCCAGAUACGGCUGCGAGCCAUCCUUUUUUAAGCCUGGCAAUUCAACACUAGUGUAACUGCAGUAAAAGUUUUCUUGAUACGUUCUUAAUGGACCGUUAAUUUGACGAAUCCUUUCUAUUGAACAGGACUGUUCCGAUGGAGAAGAAAGUGUGGACGAACGUUUCUUCCCACCAGUAACCGGAAACUCCAUCUUUGACAGUGCUACUGAUGCCCGUAAUUAUCCUAUGGACCAGUCCACAUUCAAAGCAGGGAUGGAAGUACCUGUGGGACAGUCCACUUUUAGACGAGGGGGAGGAGGGUUGAUAUCUGUCAAUGGAAGCCGACCAUUCACACUGACUGUGAUGUUAACUGUGACAGUGGUUACUGCCAUUGCUGCUGUGUAUGCGUUUAGUGAUGGAAUUACCAAAAGCACAUUAACUGUCACCCUGCCGUCCACACUACAGCUGCGUAAGAUUCGCUCUUACAGUAAAGACCUUACAUUAGAUAUUAUAUCGCUACAUGAAACUGCCAAUCUUAGGACCUCUGUACAAAUGUAUGACAUUGAGGAAUGCAGUCGUGAUGGGACGGCCUGUAGAGCACUUGCAGCUUGUGAUAAUUUUAUAGGAAGUUAUAAAUGCCGGUGCAGGACAGGAUUCUAUGUUCAUGCUGGUAAAUGCCAAGCCUGCAGCACGACAUGCCCUGAUAACCAUUACAUGAUACAAGCUUGUACGGUGGACCAAGAUGUUGUGUGUAAACCUUGCACAGUAUGUAAUGGCUCCACUUAUGAAGCUGCUUCCUGUUCGACUACACAAGAUAGAGUGUGUAUUGAUGUAACUUAUCCAGUGAAGGGUUUUAAAGAGAAUAUCACACUCACCCAAAACGCUGAGGGCACAGUUACCACCUCUGCCUCUUCCAAUGUGUUUAUAGAAAAGCUCAGCAGUGUAAAUGACUUACAAACAACUUUCUACGCUACCAAUAAUCAACAGUCUUAUGAUCUAAAGAACUGGAAGCGUGAUUCUGGGCUGGAGAUUACAUUGAGCAUAAGAGGACUCUAUCUGAUUCCUGAAUAUCGUGACGUGGACCAUGUCAGCGAUAACAUAUUCAUCGAGAAGGGAUUUCGUAGCACGCAGGCUGAUAGAGCUGCUCUCAAGCAAAUUACACAGUACUACUGCAGGAAUCCAGUGCCAGACCGUUACAACUUGGGACUGACGAUAAUCCCUGACCGCACAACAGCUGCUUCUGUGGUUACCUGUGGGUCACCAAACACAACAAUCUCAUGUCCAGCUGGUUACCCGGACGGCAAACAGUACCUUCACCGCUCACUGAAUGAUCACUGUCCUAAAGCUAAGAAUUCAGCUUUGCCAGAGUUAAAUCAGCUUCCCAACAGCAUUGCCUGCACAGAUGAUGUCUCUCUGUUACAUGAGGUCUUCCGAAUCCCUAAUCUCAAACCUGAGCCAAAGUCUUACCCCUCUGCGCAGUGUGCUGCUGCACAAAAGGCAUGUGACCGCUGUGUCAAACAGACUUCCUGUGCCAAUUCCACUAAUCCUAAUGUGGACAACUGUUGUCAUCUGGCAUGUUACAACAGUCGGGAUUGUCAGCUGGGAUUCUCUCCCCUUUGUCCAUCUCCACCUAUAGAGUGUGCCACUGGUAAUGCUUAUAUUUACACCUUAGAACCCAAUUUCCGCAGUUUGCCUAAGCGUUUCCAGUGUCACCUGACCUACAUGCGUAAGCCUUACCUGUAUCAAGUGGGGUACACGGUCAGGCUGCCAGGACUGAACAUUGACCUGCCUGACGGACUGGAGGAGGUGACAUCAGAUGACAGGAACUUUCGCUCCAGCGGACAGGUGGACGUGGGCUUUAUCACCCUCAAACAUGACAUCGGGAUGCAGAUCCAUGAUGAGGUUAUUCUGACUGGAAAGUAUGAAGAGAACAAUGAGAAAGACUUUGUGCUGUACCCACUGAAGGAAGAGUCUGAACUGAGGCGUAACCCAUUCAGGGUAGACCAACCUCACGAGAGCUCUUAUCUCACCUCCAUUCAGUUUUCACGUCCGUUUGAGUUUAGUAGUGCAACCUGGUGGGGAACUGGCUGCUUAAAGAACAUUAGCAAGCUGUACCCAGCGCAGCGACUGUACCGUGAUGAGCCGAUUAAUGUGACAGGACAAGUGAGCUGGGCUGGUGAGCGGGUGAGGUAUCAGACGCUACCUCAGAAUCAUAUUCCAUCGAUCCGAAUCACUAUACCAGGUAACCGCUCAGUGCUGUCAUCCUAUCAGCGAGAGAUGAUGGACGCUGUGCUGGAUGUGGGAAGCCUGACUGGCCGUCUGACUGGAGACUGGAACAAGGCUAUGUGGGUUAUACAGGUCCAAGGCCGACUGAGGACUUGUCCUGGCAUCCUGAGUAUGGAAGUCUACGACAAGUGUGGAGGGACCAUAUUAGGACAUUACGAUAUUCUUGUGGACUGUCCUACAAACUUUAACAUCGUCCUUGACAUCGCUCAGCAAAAUCUUACCUUCACCCCUGCUGUGUACAGUCUCAUUCUGAAAGAUGCAAACAGCACCUACAGGAUGUACCUGUCGGCAUUCCAAAAACCUUUCUACCUGCCCAUUGAAGAAGAAGACAAAAUAGGGAAUGAUGCUACCAACCUGGAAUCCCCAUGGAAACCCCUGAUGGCAAUGGCUGCCAUUGCUCUACUUGCCCUCAUGUUUUGUGGGAUUGUAUAUGCUUGUGUAUCACACUCUAGGAAGGAUAAUGUCUAUAUUGCGGGGCAAGGGGACAGAAGUCCUACUUAUCUCAGCAGUAAAGAACUGGAGCGCCUCAACCAAGGUGAAGGCUUUAUACGUAACUCACCCCAAAGAAGAAAUCUCCCUGCUUCCAGAACACUGCUGGUCAUAUUUUCAUUGCUUUAUAUUUUGUAUUCCAUUUUCUUCACCUUGUCUCUAUUUUUUGGAGUGCUAUAUUUCAGCUACAGUGAUGCUGUGUCUAAUAUUCAAAAUAUUACGGCUGUUAAAAUUCGACUCAAAGAGAACUUUACAACACAACUGGAAAGUUUGUCCACAUAUGAACAAAGGGAGAUAACCAGGUUGUCUGAUCUGGUUGUGCAGAGACAAAAAGCCUGUGGCUACCAUCUAGAAGUAGAGGUGGACAAAAUUUACCAAGGCCUUGGCAAAAGUUUACACAAGCAGUUGAAAAGCCUUGGAAAUCGUACACUGAAACUUGAAAAUGCUUUGCUGACAUACAUGUUUGAAAAAGCUGUAAGCUAUGAUAAUUCCUUGGAAGCUUUUUUGUCUGUGUACAAUGAGUCUCUUCAGGACAAGUUGGAUGUGAUUUAUGUGAACUAUAAAGACUACUUGGGAAAGGUGCCAAUGAAUGGUUGGUUAACCUUUGCCAAGCAGUUGUAUGAAAGUCUUCAUGGAAAGAAACGCCCAGUGUCAGUGUCCAAUGAGAAAAGUUUGAUAAAGUUCCUGUCUUGGCUGGGUGUGGAUAAAGUUCGGGACGUCUUAACUGCCAAAGACAGACUAGAUGAACAACUCACUUCAAGUAUCCCCAGAUUAAGGCGAGUUCUUUUCUCUGAUCCAAACGCUGGUAAAUUCAUGGAGAGGAAACUCAGUGCAGUUGAGAAGGUUGAUAGAGGAGACAGUUUUGUGAUGAAAUUCAUGACUGUGGACACGGGUUAUAGAGUUAGUGAUGAAGAAGAGUCUAGUACAUCAGAUAGUGAGCAGUUCUAUAAGACCAGGAAUCCUGUGUUAUCCAGUGAACUAGCAUCUGUAGCCCUGCCAGUGAUUCUCUGUGCGAUGGUUGUGUGUGACGUUUGUCUGUUGGUACACAGGGUUGUACGGUUGUGUAAACUUUUACAGAAACUCAUUUGGGGUGUGAAAGAGUUCAUUCCCCUUGAUCAUGUCUCAGGUAAGAUUUAUGAAAUUUCAAAGGGUCGAGCACCUCCCAAAAUGUAUGACCCAUUGGAACACCCAUAUAACUACCUAAAAGACAAUCGAGAGGAUGUAUGGUCUCCAGGGGGGGAAAUGUACUUUUUUCCUCAGAAUAUGCCUAAGGCGAAAGAAGACUUGCUGCGAGAUAUUUGGAAUCACAAGAAAAAGCAAAAGCCACAGACUGAACCAACUGCACUUCGCAGCCGUUGUGUGUGCGUGGUGUGGGAGACAAUCUGCCGUGUGCUCACAAGCAAAGUGAUGUGGAAAUUUAUUGUGAUCCUGGCUCUUAUGUGGGUGGUGUGCGUGCUUGUCAAGCUCAUAGACAACCUGGUAACCAUGGAGAUGUUCCAGUAUUUAUUGAGUGUGGACAUUUUCCUUCCCCAGCUUAAAAUGCAUUAUAACACAACAAAUGUCAACCUGGAGAACUAUGCAAGAUUCUACAACGUUUAUCUCAGGGAUUACAACACCUGGAUGGAUUCAGAGGCUCUAAGACUGAAUUCUGGUCUGCAAACGCUCAAGUCUAGUCAGGAGAGGGCAGUGGUUCAAUUGAUGAACCGGGCAUGCUCAGUCCUUUUCAACACAACUGCAGCCAAAACCAUCUGUGAUCUCAACGUGCCUUUGUUGCCGGUCACCAUGACAAUCCCACCCUGUAACUUCCUGUCCAUGUCUGCAGAGCCCUAUAUAGGUAUGCAGUUUGGAGAAUUUGUUCGCCAAGUCCAUGCCGAGUUAUCUCCUGUGGUGGACUCUGUGCGAAGGUGUAUAUUUUCAGCGGCAUACCUCUUGGUUGGCUACCUCUGUCUGUUGGUUGUUCUUUAUACUGCCAUUUCAGCCAUAGUCAAGAGCUUUCGACAUAAGGGACACAUUGCCACGUUAGGGGUAUUUCAAACAGCAAAUGUGUCGUCUGCACAGUGGCCAGAGCGAUUUGUAGGUGCAUCCAAGGAUAUGUACCCAAGUGGUUCUUGGGCGCAAAGUGAAAGCGGUGUGUAUGUAGAGGGUGAAGAGCCACAUAGGGCAGAGUCUCAUGUCUGAUGGACACUAUUAGUCAAAGUUUACUUGUGUGUGUGAUUAAGACUUUGUUUCACAAAUGCGACUUGCCAAAUAUGGAAACUGUUGAGCUCAUGCUCUUCAAUAUGUCUUGACUUUUAUUUUGAUAUAAAAUAUCUUCUGUGGAAGUAAUACUUAUCUUGUAGACAACAACAUCUAUUAGUUAUGAGUUAUUUAUUUAUUUAUUUGAUUGGUGUUUUAUGGUGUACUCAAGAAUAUUUCAGCCAAUGAUUUAUGGGAGGAAACUGGGGAGAACACAGGGAAACCAAGGUCCAGUCGCAUUUUGUUCACAGACUUUCUAACGUACUAGAGAGGAAGCCAGAAUGAGCUGACCUUGAACUCACAGUCUACAUCUGGGUUAAUGUGCACAGCAGUUUUGUUGACGUGCAUGCAAGUGCCAACACCAAAGUUCUCAUUCACACCUGCAUGCUUACAUGUAUGUGUACAAUAUGAAAUUGUUAUGCUCAAUAAACACAGAUGUUACCCAUUAGAAGAGUUUUGCUUGCUUUGACUUCCACAUAUAAAUUUUCAUUACAAGAAGGUAUGCAAGAAUCUUCUGGUUUGAACCCUGUAAAUUUGCAUGUAUGUGAUAUAUUAUGUCGACAUGUAUUAUUUUAUAGGUGACACAUAAAACAAAUACUUUACGACUAGUAUCUUGUUGAUGUGGGUAAUAUUCUUGGGUUUGUUGACUAAUAUCACUGACACCCCAAAACUGAAUCAGUUUGCUCUGUUCAGCGACGUUUCUCAACGUUGUAUACUAUUGGAUUCAGCGUCACUAAACUGAAAGGUUUUCAAAGUUCAGAAGACAGCAUGCAUGCAUUCUCCAGCACGGGUCUCCCCAAAAAUUACCAUUCCCAGUGUUUAUAACUGUCAAUGGCUUAAUAGCUGCCCUGGGAAUAGAAGACAACUAAAAGUUCUGACACAUACAUGAAUCCACAUCAUUUGGUUCCAUAUUUGAAUUUCCUCGUAGAAUUGGUUGUCAGUAAUGUACACUGUCUGAUGAUAUUUUACUGACCAGAAUUCACACCUGGCUUAACAACACAUACUGUUCUGUCACUGUCACAGUGCAACCUAUGUCAGGGGUCAAAGUCUAUAUAUGACAAACUGUUGUACUGCCAAAAUUCAGUGAGACUCCACACAGGAAAUUCACUGGUAGCUACUUUGAGAAUUACUAGUACAUAAUUGUACAUAAAAUAAAACAGAGAAGAUUGCCACACCCUGUUUACAUUAUUCCCCACUUGGCUCCUGUCACUCCAUAUUGAUUCGUGCAUACUGUCACAAUACAGUCUGUCAAAACUGACAGUACUUGCUGAUGAUGACAUGCAGGGUACAAAUUAUUACCGGUAUUUAUUUGUAAUUCCCCAGUAUGACUUGGUAGUAUUACCAGGACAUGUAUGUCUUUAGUCAACUGCAUACAUUUCACUGGUGAUGGUUCCCCCCAUACCUGUUCACACUGAAAAACAGCCAGGGCUAACAGAAUUCAAGUUUGGCCGUUUAACCCACUGAACAAUCAUGACUAUUGCGUCUUCAGAAUGUAUCCAAUAUUGUGUUCUAGCUAAGAGGACACACACCAUUGUAAAGAGGUGCAGAGCUGAGGUGAUGUGUGUUUCAAUUUCUAAAGAAAUUGCUUUAUGACAAUAUAGAUCAUAAUCAUAUGUAUUGAGUGCUAUUUUCUGGUUUUAUUUCACAUUUUGUUGAAUUAUGUUUUCAAAGAGUCUGCAACCAGUUUUAUGAAUUGGAAGUUGUCCAAUGCCAUUGUGAAAAAUCUGUGCACAGGUUAAUGAGAAAGAAACAUGUGAGUUCAAAGACAGAUACAGUGUAUAUGAGAAUUAAAUAAGGAAAUUCUCUCUUUGGUAGUAUAAAUAAAUGUGUCUGUGUGUGUAUAUGUGUAAGUGUUAAUUUGUAAAUAUUUAAUACUGUUGAAGUGUAUGAUGUUAUUGAUUAUAUUUUCAACCUCACACAUUAAUGACUGAUUUCAAUUUUUUACAAGCUUGAUAAAUAAAUUCCUAAGUCAUGAAAAUAUAUAUAUAUAUUAUAAUCUUUGCAUAAUUGUGACAAAAUAUUCGUUUGGAAGAAUGUCUUAUCUUUCACUUUUCAUUCUUAGGGAGUUGAACGUACCAUGUGAUUGUUAAUAAUAUAUUAUGAAUUAACUCGGUAGCUGUUCCAAUUUCAAGAGUUUUUAAAUUUUAAUCUGACCUCUUUUAUGUGUGUUUAACAUUUUUUGAAUUCAGAACUGUUUAAUUCAGACAAAAAGUGCACAGAUAUGUAAUCCCUCUUUGUAUAUUCAUUUUUGUAGUGCUGUUAAAACUUGCAAUGGGAAAAAUAAACUUUGGCAGAGCUUUGAUACACGGUAAAUGAAGGCUAACAUACCAAUGCCUUAUACACACUGUAGGAAUAGUGACAGUCACAAUCUGUUUCAAGAUGUCCGCUCCACUUAAAAGCUCACACGAUCUCAUUGAAUGAGGUCAAUCUGUAGAAUACAUUAGUAUGUAGACUUUCAUUAUGUUACAUUCUCCUGAUUGUGUCAACAUGAAUUCCAGUGUGAUGUAUCCUAUAGACUAAUUAAUUUGGGCUUUGGGCAUCGUGACUGGAUAGCCUCAGCAUCAUGGCCCUAUUGUAAUUGUACCAGUUGUUAUCAUUAUUCUAUCCUCGAUCAAUUUGCUGUAACUAAUGCAGGUACUAUCAAGAAAAGAAAAUCAGCUUUUGCUUCGAGUACAUCAGGCAUUCAAUAGUUUGGUAAAGUUUAAAUUUGACAGGUCAUAUGAUUUAGCUGUCUAAUUAGAUUUUGUGUGGAACUAAUACAACAAUCAAACUGUUCUUACAUGUAGUCCCAAAUUUUGUCCUUAAAUGUAGUCCCAGAUUUUGUCCGAAAUCUUUGGAAGACUUUAAGUGUAGAACCAGUUGGUGUACUCAGUGUGCUGAAGUUUGAUAGGCUGAUAUUUUAUUUGAAAACUCUGGACGCUCAAUAUUGGAUAAAUAUGUGAUACAUGUAUUAAGUGAUGAAUUCAUAUUUUAUUUUGUGAAUUAGAGCACUCUUUCCACUGAUAUAUAUGUAAUAGGCAAGCUUCAAGUUAGAAAACUGUAAAGGUAAAAACAGUCCUACUGUGUCAUGUGAUCGCUGGAAAAUGUUACACAAUCUUUGUUGAUAUUGACUUACUGAUCUCCUCUUUCACCUUUUUCCAGUUGACACCUGUUUCCUUUAGAAACUGCUCAACAUCAGAAACUUUCAGCUGCUCAGUUCUCUAUAUUAUUAGUAAACUCUAAUCUAUUUUUUCACACUUUGCUCAGACACCUGUGUUCUAGUGAAAGUGAUCCAAAAUAGUUGCCUAAUGUUUUUGACAGGUUACAUGAUACAGUAGGACUUUUUCUACCUUCAACGGUAAAGAGUUAAAACUUGAAGCUAUUCAAGUGACAGGUUACGAUCUGAUUUUAUUUUUUUUCUAUCUUGAAUGUUUUUUUUUUCUUUCUUUUUUUUUUUUUUUUUGUUUAAAACAAGUUUUUAAAAACACUUACCAUCUGAAAACUAAGACGGGUUGCAUGAUUUUUGCAGCCAUAUUGGAGUACUGUGGCUAUACCAUCCCAUGUUAAUAGGAUUCCACUAUAGCUCAUUGGGUAUUGUUCUGUGAGAGUGAUGAUGUUAACCUCUCUGUAAUGAUAGAAGGCUGAAAGUUGGCAAGCAGGUAGAUCUCGUCGAGAUUUUGCUCCUAUCAAUAGUUUUCCCCCAAUUUGUGUCUCACAGAUGCGGUAAAUUUGCAUGCCAGCAAAAUAUAAUUCUUUUCUAGGGAUCAUACAUACAUAUUCACAAAAAGGUUUUUAAAUCCAGACAUUUUUGUUGUGAUAUAUUUUCUCGUGGCAAAGUAUUCGUUUGUGUUUACUUUUCCAAGGUAGCCUUUUGCAAAUGCCGUGAAGCCUGGAUGGAAGUCGCUUGCAACAUUAAUUUCCAGAGAAUUUUAUGUGAUAUAGUGCUGCCUUUUGUUGUAAAUAAGGACUUCUUGAUGCAAGUAAAACAAGCAAACUUUGAGCAGGACAUAUGCUUUAAUUUUAAAUGAAUAGUAAUAUUGCUUUUUUUUUUUUAGUGUAAUCCAUGCACAUAUCUGUGUAAAAGUAGAAUUCUACAGUAAUGUUGGCCAUAAUUCAUGAUGUAGAUUUGUAAUUCUAAAUAUGGUGAAACAGGGACCAAUUAAAUGUUUACAACACAAUCCAUUUACUAAAACUGUUCAAAAAUUUUAGAAUUCAAGUGAUUUACAUUGUAAUAUACGUUUAUAACCUACACUUAAAAAAUAGGUGUGUACUGUAAAGUGGAGGAUAUUGUAUGUCACCAAUUCAAACUACCUCUGUGAAGAUAGAUGUUGUGUGAAUAAUACUUUUAUUGUAACCUGAUCAUUCAUAACCGCUUUGCGCCCAUAUUUUAAGUACUGCUCAUGCACUCUUACUACACCACCACCAUGCUUCUGUAUUUUGCAGUUUAGAUAAAUAUGUGUUGUGAAUUAUGGUAUAAACUCAUAAUUCUAUAAACUCAUAAUUUACUUCACCAAUGGAAUUACAAAAAUGCAGUCUUAUUUAAGAAAAAAAACAUAUGGUUACACCUGAGGUACUGGAUGUGAGCACUCACUCAUUCCUUUAAACCUUUGUCUACAUGUAUUUAAUAAAAUGUACAUUUUGAACAUGGCAAGACCUCCAAUUACUGUCCAUGCUAAUAUAUUGGUGUAGCAACAGGCUGUGGGAAUUAAGCCAUAAUUUCUAAGCUCUUGUUGGAAUUUGUAGCCAUCUCCAUGUACUGUAUUUCUCAUGAAGUUUCAUGUGUAAAAAUUUACUCUCACAAGCAGAAUAAGGUCUUGAUUUGAUACUGUUGAUGCCGAUUAGGUUUUUGUGUUUUUGAUCAAACUUCACUCAAAACUUCUGAAGUGGCCCUUCCAGAUGAAUGAAUCAAUCAGAAUUAAGCAAAACAUGUCUCUUGGAAAGCUAAACUUAGCGCGAGACACAGUAAUUAGAUGAUAUGAAUAAAAGUGGAAGUAAACCUUGCAGAAUAUUUUGAGAUUAAUUCAUUGUGAAAUGGAGACAGGUGUACUUUCUUUUUGAAGAUGGAACAUAAAACAUGAAACGUGUGUGAUAAGACAUAUGUAUGUGUAACUAAUAUCCCUGUAUUUUGGUGGUUAUUUGAAUCUUAGAAAUCUAACAGUAUACAUGUGGAAGGAAAUGUUAGUGAGGCAUGUGGGUCAGUUUCAUCCCAUGCUUCAUAUCAAUGGUUAUAACUAUGUUCAUAUCUGUUAUUGUGUUCAGUUCUUUCUGAGCUGAAAUAAACCUGUACAUUGAACUCACCAGAUAGUUGUUGUUAUGAUUAGAAAAGUUUUUAUUUAUGGUUAAGGAAACAAACUCAUACUAAAUUUGAAAUUCUGUUUUUUUUAAACAUUUUCUGAAUUUAUUGUAUCUAAUUGUUUUUCUGUUAUAUUGAUAUAAAAUCAUCUCUUAGUGCACUUU